GUCGGUUCCACAGUCGACGGGCUCUCUUCCCGUACGAAUUCUCGGAAAUUGAAGCCUCGGGUUCGGGGAUUUCGAGCCCCGCAGACUCGGGGCACUUGGUACGGGCCUGAGACGCGAGCGAGGGCCUUUCAACUCGGCCCGCGUCCCAUGCAGUCCUCAUCGAGGUGUGGUUCACGUUGUCCUGGUUGGAAAUAUACGCGCCGUGAAUGAAUGAAUCAACAAGUGUUGAAAUUAACUUGAACGCGGUUGGAUCGAGUUAUCGAAGGCGUCGUCAUACGAUGGAUUACUAAGCGUUCGGUUAAACUUUUCUUCCUCAAACUCUGGAUCGUUAUUUGUUAAACUGUUCUUGAAACGGAGCGUCGCUGCGCAGUGCGCUCAAAUAUAUCGGUGGUCGUCGAAAUUUCUCAGAAGAAAUAACUUCUUUCAUCUGAAGAUGAAUUGUUAGGCGUUCGAAAAAGUUUUCAACACCCGAUUCAUUCUUCUUCACUCUGCACCUUGUGAAUUUAUACGUAUUUCACUAAACUCGCGGUAACACGACGCCGCGAAGUGCGCUGAAAACUGAAAGGAAUUUUAAACGACAUAACUAGUCAAGUCAAGGAUUUGUAAAAGUGUUCAUUUAAAAACAACACUCUGGAUCUCUGACUUUCUCGCCAAGGUCUCCGGGUGUAUGGUGCGUGUAAAAUUCGGGCGAAAGACAAAAGUCAAACUGUGAAUAUCACCGAUGACGCAUUGUAAAGUGACAAUCCCAAUACUCGAAUGCAGUCCUUGAGGCUAUGGACAACGGAAUUUCCUCGUAUUCGUCACUGACCAACAUAAUCGGAUUGCAUCAAAAGGUCCAAUAUCAAGAAAGCAUCUACCUAAUACGAAUUCGGAACGAUGGCUAAUUUCAUACGUCUGAUGCUGGUUGUGGGACUGUUUUACGGAAGAAGUCAGAGUCUGUCGAGUGGAGCACCGCCGAAGGCUUGUGAGAACUUGACGCCUAUUCAUCAGUAUGGUUCGGUGCAAAAUUCACCUCCACCGUAUCAGGUUUUGCCAGCAGCCGGACAAGGCAGAGUAAGACUGAUUUUGGGGAGCCCGCAGGGUUUGGCCUAUCAAGGCUUCAUAAUGGUAGCCAGAGACGUUGACACCGGCGAGUUCGUCGGCGAGUUUGUCAGCCUGCCCGACGGCGCCAGGGUCGUCGAGUGUACCGAGGGACUCAAGAACGGAGUUACGCACAUAAACAAGGACAGAAAACAAAAUCUCGAGUUCGACUGGGAAGCACCGGAAGACUACGUCGGGACCAUUAUUUUCAACUCUACAUUCGCUCAAGACUAUUCCACGUACUGGGUCGGCGUUGAGUCACCCAGGGUCAGUGUACUCCGAAGGUCCAUCGACGUCAAGACGGUCCCAACCGUGGCCACUUCCCUCAGGACAACUACGCCCCCGAUCUACACCCCUUUCGCCGAGGACAGGGCUCCAGUCGCUGAUGAUCCCUUCUACAAUGGCUGUGGAACUACGAAAAAUUGCUUUGGAACCCCAGACAAUUGCGUUCGAGAUAAGAAUUGCAAGGCCGCUGUCUCAGUUCUAGUUCGUGGAGAACGCUACUUCUUCGAGAUGACAGCCCGCAAGAGCAUCUACGUUGCGGUCGGGCUUUCGGCUGACAGUAAAAUGGGUGAAGACAGCGUUGUAGAGUGCGUCAACAACGGAACUGCUGUGGGCCUAUUCACGUCUUGGAAUGCUGGAAAAACGAACACGAGACAUUCGACCCCAAGCGGAUUCGUACAGUUCGACUCUGGCAUCGUCACCGACGACACGAUAACCUGCAGAUUCUGGAGAGAGAAGUCAACUAUCGUCGAAGGCCGACAGUUCGACCUCGUCAACACUCCUUUCCACUUGUUGGUCGCCGCCGGAAGUUCUUUGAGACGCAACGGCGUCGAUUACCACAACGUCGCCUACGCCGCCUCCGGUGAAGCGAAGCUCCUGUCGGAUGUCGGGGGUUUUUUGGUGGCCAGUAACCUUCUUAUUCGAGUCCACGGAGCCUUGAUGCUCGCCGCCUGGGUCGGCGCGGCCUCCAUCGGCAUCCUUUUGGCCAGAUACUACAGGCAGACGUGGGUGAAUUCUCAGCUCUGUGGAAAGGAUCAGUGGUUCACGUGGCAUAGAUUCUUCAUGAUCCUCACCUGGUCCCUGACCAUCGCUGCCUUCGUUAUAAUCUUUGUCGAGCUCGAGGCUUGGAGCACCGCAACUCUGCACGCCUCCUUCGGCCUGGCGACGACAAUUCUGUGCUUCGUCCAGCCUUUCAUGGCGGCACUGAGGCCGCACCCCGGCACACCGCGAAGAACGAUUUUCAACUGGGGUCACUGGUUCGUCGGGAACGCCGCCCACAUUUGCGGCAUUGUCGCCAUAUUCUUCGCGGUUCCAACGACCAAGGCGAGGCUGCCGGAUUGGGUGACCUGGGUGAUGGUGGCCUACGUCGUUUUCCACAUUCUGACCCACCUGAUUCUAACGUUCGUCGGCUGUGCCUCCGACCGGCAAGCCAGCCACCGUAUCAAUUCAUUCCCAAUGAAGGAUAUGCACGCGAGAAGCGCGAUGACGCAUCCAGACGCCAGGCGGGACGCGCCCCAAGCCGGACUGAGAAAGACGAUCUUCGGCCUUUACUUCGUGAUCGUCGCCUGCUUCUGUGCCGCCCUCAUCGUCAUAGUCGUCCUGGCGCCAAUCGAAGAAACUUGGGCCUCCUUGACCACCACCAUAUCGAAGUAUUGAUCUGCCACAAAACGGCGUUCCGCUCUGGCCGUAUCCAUAUGAUACACAAUAAAAGCGCGAAGGAAUAUUAGUUACUCAUGCAUGAAUUUCUUUCUUUUUUUUUCCCUUUCUUUCGACAUUUAGUCCUUCUUCGUAUAAAAUUCCAUCAACAUCGCGAAAGGCUCAAGUUAUGAGGUUACGAUAGAAGGUAUAGACGGUGUAGCGUGCUCUUGAGGCCUGUAAAUUGUCCAGUACUUAGUACAAAGGAAGCUGGAGAAGUUUUGCAACGGAGUUAUCGCAGUUUCCAUAAAUAUAUUUAUAACAUUCGUAUACAAAAAUUGAAUUUUAUAAAUUUUAUAUACGUGUUUGAUACUUAUACAUAUAUACAUAACUAUAAUGUUGUUCUUAACGAGUUCUUAUUUACGACUGCAAUAAUAAUUGUACCCACCAUUGUACGAUGAUAAUUGACCAUAAGUGUACUUUAAGGCGGUUGAUUACAGGAAAUGAAAAAUAAGAAAAAAAUUAUGUUUCACGUUGUAAGUAAACCUUACCCGACAGAUUUUCAUAUUACGCAUUGUUGUUGGUAUUGAAUAUUAUUAUUAAUCGAUUUUUGUAAUUGUUGAUUACAUAUACAUGUAUUAGGUAAAUGUACAAACCACGCGAUGUCAAUGGCAUUUUUUAUAAACUGUAUACAGACACACACACACAUUUCGUUUUCCAUGAUUUAAAAAUAAUUACAUACCAGCGGGUGCUUGAAUGCGUACAAUUACUUAGUUUUGUUUUCGAAAGAUAAUUUAUUUACAUAUUAUAUUAUCAAUAUAUAUAUAUCUAUCUAUAGUAUUAGUUAAGUCUAUAUACAUCUGCGUACACGGUGUAAGUUUACAUUAGAAAAAAAAAAAAUUCUUACUGAUUUUAAAAUAAUUUAUCGUAGCUGCAGAAUAUUCAAAAUUGGUUCCGUUACUGUUUCUCGUAAUGCUGAAAAGUUGUAACAACUGAUCGAUGUAACAAGGAAAAAUCAAUAUGACAUCGCAUCGAUGUACAAAUUUUUACGUACAUAGAUAUGUUACUAGUAUUAUACACGUACGCUCAACGAAACGUAAUAAACAUCGACAGUACGAA